UUUUCUUUUUUCUUUUUCUUUUUUUUCUGGCUUGGAUUGUCUCGGUUUUUCUCCCAUUCGUCCUUCCUCUUCAUUUCCCCUCUGUCUUUUCCGGUUUUCUGGCAUCUUUUUGUCCACUGGCCUCUUCUUCUCUCACUUCUUCCUCCCGCGCUUCCUACAGACUCCCCCGCUUUUGAUCCUCUGGGGAUCAGUCUGUCAUAGCAUUAACCAACUCCGGGAAGAGGAAAAAAGCCUCCCGGAUCAAAAAAUCGGGAAAGGUUCAAGUAGGACUAAUUUACGUUUUGUUUUGGUCAUUUCCAACCCCUCCGGAUUCUCGGGUUUUAUACCGCUAGCCAAGGGUUGGUCGGUCCAUCACUCAAUUAAUCAGCAUAGCCGAUUCACCCACAAAGAAACUCCCCACUCAAUUUGUACAGUCAUAAUCACCACUCCCUCCACAUCCCACAUUUGCUUUGGAAAUGGCUGGAACCUACAGCGGCCGUCGUAGCGGGGUUAAUGUUUCCUCCUACAUUGAAAAUCUCAACUCGAUAACCGCAGACGAACCCCUUCCUGACCUUCAGGAUGAUCUCGCCCUGUUUACAAACAUCUCAUGGAUCGACUAUGACAUGUGCCGGCCGUUGGACGACGGAACUUCCGACGCACUCAAGCGUUCGGAAGACUUUGCUGCUCUUGACCAAAAACCCAGUGAUGAACAAAUGAAUUUCAUGAAUGAUAUCGACAGCAGCUUUGUGCUAUCGAAAUUCGCUCUUGAUGGCGCAUUAGAGACUCAGCCAACCACGGAUAUUGUAAACCCUUUUGCCCCUGAUGGCACUUCCUCAAUCGGUCCGGUCGACUCUGUCAUGCACUCGCCCGCCUCAAAUUCGCCCACCGCAUAUCCGCAGGCGAAUAACGGCACUCGCACAUCGGCCAAGCGAAAAGGGUCUGCGGUAUCAGUGGCAUACACCUCACCACAGGCUGACAGCUUCGAAGAGGCCUCUCGACUCGCAGCAGAAGAGGACAAGCGUCGUCGUAACACGGCAGCCUCUGCAAGGUUUCGUGUCAAGAAGAAGCAAAGGGAGCAAGCUCUGGAACGAUCGGCUAAGGAAAUGUCUGAGAAGGUCAGACUUUUAGAGAAAAAGAUUGUUCAGUUGGAGACGGAGAACAAGUGGCUAAAGAGCCUCAUCGUUGAAAAGCAGACUCCGAAUAGUGGUAAGGGUGCUCAAGACCCGAGUGAAGAUUUUGCUGCCAAGUCCCCCGCGGCAAUGAAGGCCGGGGCCUCUUCCAAUGAACCGAAUACCAACCAGAACAAGGAUGGCGUCGGCACAAUGCCAGAGGUGAAUUCCAAUUGACCUGUCACUUGUCACUUGUUGUUUUGUUGCUAUUUUAUUGUUAUUUCUUUCUAUUCUAUGCAGUGUUUUCCUUCUCCAAUUUUUUCUUUCUUUCUUUCUGUAUGUCUGACUAGGUGGUUUUUUCAUAUGGUAUUUUUAAAAAAAGAUCAGGUGGGAUGGGAGGACUGAUAGUGGGGAGUUAUUUAUGUUGUGGCGGUAGCCUUGUUUUCCCUCCCGUUUCCUUUCCCCUCACCUAUUGUGCGGCGGGACUAUUCCUGGGUCUGAGAAUAAGUUUGCUCGUUUUCUGUUUCUUGCACAUUACGUUUUAACGCUAUGGUUUUUGUCUAUGCAUUAAGAAUAUCUUUAUGUAUGUAUAAAUACACGGUUCCUGUAAUGGGGGAUAUAGACUUGA